CAGGUAAGCAUAUAAUGGUCUCUAAUCCGGAAAAGGAAAAAGUCCACAUUCCUUCAUCCUCUUCCUUUCUUCUAUUGUACGUUAUUUAUAAAUUCAUUCAAUUUUGUUCCUUCUGCUAAACUAACUUCAAACAGAAGGAAGAAUGUCGAUCAACAUGAAAACCCUAACCCAAGCCUUCGCAAAAACCGCUGCGGUCAUCGAGAAAACCGUACAAACUACCGUCCAGGAGGUCUCCGGACCCAAAGCGCUCCUGGACUAUGAGCUCCUUCACCAGAUUGGUUCCGCUGGCCCUGGCCUUGCCUGGAAGUUGUACUCGGCCAAGGCGCGUGAUGCGACGCGUCCCCUCCAGUAUCCCACCGUUUGCGUCUGGCUCCUGGACAAGAAGAUGCUGGCGGAGGCGCGCGCGCGCGCGGGGAUCUCCAAGAUCGUUGAGGAUUCAUUCUUCGAUCUGAUACGUGCGGACGCGGCGAGGCUGGUCAGACUGCGGCAUCCAGGUGUGGUUCACGUGGUGCAGGCUUUGGAUGAGAAUAAGAAUGCCAUGACGAUGGUUACGGAGCCAUUGUUUGCGUCGGUGGCUAAUGCGAUUGGGAAUGUCGAGAAUGUUGCCAAAGUUCCUAAGGAUCUCAAAGGGAUUGAAAUGAGUUUGUUGGAGGUGAAGCAUGGUUUGCUUCAGAUCGCGGAAUCCUUGGAAUUUCUUCAUACCAAUGCACGCCUUAUUCAUCGAGCUAUAUCACCUGAGAAUGUCUUAAUUACAUCAAGUGGAGCUUGGAAACUUGGUGGGUUUGGUUUUGCUAUCUCAACAGAUCAGGCCUCUAGUGAUUUUGUGAAGGCCUUCCAUUAUUCUGAAUAUGAUACUGAAGAUUCUGUCAUGCCUCUUCAGCCAUCAUUGAAUUAUACUGCACCUGAGUUGGUUCGUAGUAAAUCAUCUUCUGUUGGAUGGUCUUCUGAUAUUUUCAGUUAUGGAUGCCUUGCAUACCAUCUAGUUGCUCGAAAGCCUUUGUUUGACUGCAACAACAAUGUCAAGAUGUAUAUGAACACAUUGACGUACUUAUCCAGUGAAGCCUUCUCCUCUAUCCCACCGGAACUAAUCUAUGACUUACAAAGGAUGCUCUCUGCAAAUGAAUCUACCAGGCCAUCAGCACUGGAUUUUACAGGCUCUCCAUUUUUCCGGGAUGACACUAGGUUGCGUGCUCUUCGUUUCCUUGACCACAUGCUUGAAAGAGAUAACAUGCAGAAGUCUGAGUUUCUAAAAGCUUUAUCUGAUAUGUGGAAAGAUUUUGAUUCCCGUGUGUUGCAAUAUAAGGUACUUCCGCCUCUUUGCGCAGAGCUAAGGAAUCUGGUUAUGCAGCCAAUGAUUGUGCCCAUGGUUCUCAAGAUUGCAGAGUCACAGGGUAAAACUGAUUUUGAGUUAGUUACGUUCCCAGCUCUUGUGCCUGUCAUGAGCAUUGCUGCAGGAGAGACCCUGUUGUUGCUGGUGAAGCAUGCAGAUCUAAUUAUUAACAAGACAACUUCGGAGCAUCGAGUAUCCCAUGUAAUGCCCAUGCUUGUUCGAGCUUAUGAUGAUGGUGAUCCUCGUAUACAAGAAGAGGCUUUGAGAAAAUCUCUAUUCCUUGCCAAACAGCUUGAUAUGCAGCUUGUGAAAGAAGCCAUUCUGCCUCGUAUUCAUGGCUUAGCUCUGAAAACAACAGUUGCUGCGGUUAGAGUCAAUGCUUUGCUAUGCUUAGCAGAUUUUGUUCAAACACUAAAUAAACAUGCUGUGCUGGAGGUAUUACAAACCAUUCGACGUUGUACAGCUGUUGAUCUUUCAGCUCCCACCCUUAUGUGUACCCUAGCAGUUUCAAGCUCAAUUCUCAAGCAGUAUGGAGUUGAGUUCGCUGCAGAGCACGUUCUCCCUCUACUCACGCCUCUUCUCACUGCCCAACAGUUGAAUAUUCAGCAGUUUGCUAAAUAUAUGCACUUUGUUAAGGAUAUUCUCAGCAAGAUAGAAGAAAAACGGGGGGUUACUUUAACUGAUUCUGGGAUCCCAGAGGUAAAACAUUCUACUGCUGCGAAUGGGCUUCAGUCUCAAGCCUUGAGCAAAACGAGUGCAACAGUUUCUUGUGCUGCCAAUGCAAAAAGCAGCCCCUCAUGGGAUGAAGACUGGGGCCCUACAGCCAGAGGAGCUGCCAAUGCUGGUGCCAGUGUCAGUGCCACUGUUCAGCAGGCUUCACAAAACAACUCAUCCAUUAAUCCCAUCUUGGGUGAUAAAUCAAUUCAAUCAGCACCCGUACAAACAGAGCCUUCCGUGAUAUCUACUGUAUCUAGCCAGCAAAUGCCUGUUUCUUGCGCUGCGGUUGACAUCGAGUGGCCUCCUCGUGCACCUUUAGGUGUUACUGCAGAGUCAGGCAAUGUUGAGAAGCAAUUCAAUGCUGGAACAUCAUCACCGUCAAAUUUUGAUGAUUUAGAUCCUUUUUCAAACUGGCCUCCCCAGCCUAGUGCUUCUAAUGGUUUUGGGACAUUCAACAAUGGCACCAUGGGACCAGUCACAAACAAUUAUGGAUCCAAUUCUAUAACAAGUACCUUCCCUGAGAGCAAAAGCAACAGUUGGGCCUUCAGCAACCAAAACUCUGGGGAGCUACUAAGACCAAAUCCUGUGGAUUCAACUCCGAAUGCAAGUAUUUUGAACACUGGGGGCUUCCAGAAUUCUAUUGGUUUCUUGAAACAGAAUCAAGGGAAUUCAGUUUCGAUGAGCUCUUCAUAUAAUAAUCAGAAAUCAUUAGAUCUUGGGUCUAUAUUUAGCACUAGCAAAAAUGAGCAGGCUGCUCCAAAACUUGCACCACCACCCUCGGCUGCUGUGGGUAGAGGAAGAGGGAUGGGAAGAGCAAGGGUUACCCAUGCCAAAUCAUCAUCUCAGCAGCCACCUAUUUUAGAUUUACUUUGAUACUUGGGGUUGCUUCUACUAGAGUGACUUGUUUUAUUUUAUUUCUCUUUUAAAAUGAUCUGAUAGAGCAGUCAUUCCCUUCUGCAUAACGCUUUGUCAGAUCCCUGAAAGUAAAUUUAUACAUCUGUGGAUGACAGUCAUAUAUGGUCACUGCAGACCGCAUUGUUUAAUAUAUAUAUAUAUAUAUCAUAGCAUCGGUAUGGGCUUGUUUGUAACUUUAUUAUUGUAAUUGGGAUUACAUGUAAGAGGUGUGUGUUAUCUCAAUUAGUGUUGCCUCUGCACUGCACUAUAAUUGUUUGAGUCCUCAAUUUUUGUAACGAGAAAUAAAAGUAAAUCAUUUUUUUUUGGGACA